AUGUUCACGUCAACCAAGCCCACGUUCACCCCCUCAACCGACAUCCCUUCCCUAAAAGACAAAGUCAUCCUAGUGACAGGUGGCACCAGUGGCCUAGGGAAGCAGUCCAUCAUUGAGCUCGCCAAACAUGGACCCAAGGAAAUUUGGCUUGCGGCUCGCGACCCUAAAAAGGCCGCCUCCGCAGUUACAUCUAUCAAAAGCGGUCUUCCCGAACCAGUCAACAUCAAAACCCUCGACAUGGACCUAACGUCCCUAGACUCUGUGAAACAAGCAGCCGAAAGGUUUCUAUCUGAAUUGUCCAGACUUGAUAUCCUGCUCUUGAAUGCAGGAAUAAUGUCAGUCCCCCCGGGCCUGACCAAUGAAGGCUACGAGAUACAAUUCGGAACAAACCAUUUGGGCCACGCACUACUCGCGAAACUAUUGACACCUCUUCUGCUGGAGACAACUGCAUUGCCAGGAGGAUUAGAUGUGCGAGUAGUUGUUUUGACUUCUUAUGCGCAUAACUAUGCUCCGGAAUUUGGGAUCCAGUUCGACACGCUCAAAAGCCGCGCGGAGGGGAUGAAUACUAUGGCACGACAGUAUCCCCAGUUAACUGUGCCGCUGGUUCAUCCGGGGCUCGUGCGGACAAACUUGGCGACUACUAUGGGUCAAGGGAGUUUUAUUAUGAGGAUGCUGUGGUGGAUUGCGAGCCUUGUUACAGGGGUCGAUGUUGAGACCGGGGCCCUGAAUCAGCUUUGGGCUGCUACUUCUCCCCAGGUUGAGAGUGGGCAGUAUUACGUUCCUGUUGGGAAGGCAAAGGAUGGGAGUAAGUAUGCCCAAGAUUUGGGACUCGGGAAGGAGCUUUGGGAGUGGACAGAGAGGGAGCUGGAAGCAUAUAUGGAUGCGUCGGCUUGA